GUCGCCAUGUGGCCUCGGUCUUCCCCGCGGUCGCGUCUGCUGCAUCAGCGUUUGAUCGCAGCAUAAAGACACGCUGGGCUGUUUCUCCACUGUCCUCUGCCUGUGGUGAAGCGAAAAGACCAGCCAUGCAGCCAGCGCAGCGUUUGGUGUCCUUUGAAGAGGUGGCUGUGCAUUUCACCCGGGGGGAGUGGACGCUACUGCGCCCAGCCCAGAGAGCCCUGUACAAGGAAGUCAUGCUGGAGAAUUUUGGGAACGUGGCCUCUCUGGGACCUCCGAUUGCCAAACCUGGCCUCAUUUCCAGGCUGGAAGGAGAAGAAGAGCUGUUUGUCCUGAUUGCUGAUGAAGAAGAAGGAUUGGCAGUUUGA